GUUCCCUGUGCGUCUAUUCGCAAUUCCCACCAAAACCCACAUUUACACACCACCUUCCUGUCCUUCCUCUACUCCCCUCUCCUCCCCUCUCCUCUCCUCUCUUCCUAUUCCUCAUCUGGCCCGCAUAUAUAUACACAAUAUCCUCACUGCUCAUCUACGACUCGACUCUCCCUCUCUCCUAGCUAUCUUCAUCAUGCCUAGCCCACCUACAUACUCCAGGACUGCCUCCUCUGCCGCGGGCGAGAACCCUUUCCUUGAGGACCUCCCCGUCUGGAAGAGGGCGCCUGUUCUCAUCGGUUCGACCAAGUUCGAGCCGCUCCCAGAUGUCAAGAAUAUCAUGAUCACUGGUGGCGCUGGCUUCAUCGCAUGCUGGUUGGUACGACACUUGACCAUCACAUACCCCGAGGCAUACAACAUUGUCUCCUUCGACAAGCUCGACUACUGCGCUUCGCUCAACAACACCCGCGCCCUCAAUGACAAGAGGAACUUCUCCUUCUACCAGGGCGACAUCACCAACCCCUCCGAGGUGAUGGACUGCCUCGAGCGCCACAACAUCGACACCAUCUUCCACUUCGCCGCGCAGUCGCACGUCGACCUGAGCUUCGGCAACUCGUACGGGUUCACCCACACCAACGUCUACGGCACCCACGUGCUGCUCGAGUCGGCCAAAAAGGUUGGCAUCAAGCGCUUCAUCCACAUCUCCACCGAUGAGGUCUACGGUGAGGUUGAGGACGAGGAUGACGACCUCCUCGAGACUAGCAUCCUCGCCCCCACCAACCCCUACGCCGCCUCCAAGGCCGCCGCUGAGAUGUUGGUCCACUCUUACCAGAAGAGCUUCAAGCUCCCCGUCAUCAUCGUCCGCAGCAACAACGUCUACGGCCCCCACCAGUUCCCCGAGAAGGUCAUCCCCAAAUUCACCUGCCUCCUGAACCGCGGCGAGCCCGUCGUCCUCCACGGCGACGGCUCCCCAACCCGCCGCUACCUGUUCGCCGGCGACGCCGCCGACGCCUUUGACACCAUCCUUCACAAGGGCCACAUCGGUCAGAUCUACAACGUCGGUUCCUACGACGAGAUCUCCAACCUGUCCCUCUGCUCCAAGCUCCUCGCCUACCUCGAGAUCCCGCACAAGACCCAGGAGGAGCUGCACAAGUGGAUCAAGCACACGCACGACCGCCCCUUCAACGACCGCCGCUACGCCGUCGACGGCACGAAGCUGCGUAACCUCGGCUGGGACCAGAAGACCUCGUUCGAGAAGGGCGUGGGUAUCACCGUGCAGUGGUACAAGGCGUUUGGUGAGGAGUGGUGGGGCGAUAUCACCAAGGUCUUGACGCCGUUCCCGGAGGUCGAGAACAAGAAGGUCAUUGCCGCGAGGGAUGUUGUUGUGGAUAACUUGGAGGGCGAUAUGGUCGUUGACAAGAACGAUGAUAUGACCCUCAAGCAGACCAACGGCGCCAAGGCCUAGAUUCUUCAAAUAAUCUAGACCCCCCCCGGCUCCCCGUUCGGGCGGUCGGGCUCCGCGGUCUUUCUCGCGUUCUAUGCAGUUUUGCUUUCUGGGAACGGGGAUGAUGCGGGCGCGCUGCGUGUGCUGUUUUUGCAUUUUGUUGUGAAAGCGAUGGGAGAAGCAUAGGUAGUUGGUUUUCUAUGUCCCUUCCCCCCCGUUGGCACCAACAUACAUUCGAGAGGAUUAGACGGAGAGAGUUGAGAGUCAGGCAAGGACAGGAUAAAAAGGGCCCUUAUUUUACAGAUUGUGGGAGGAAUAAAAGACAUAGAAUCUUUUGAUUUACUUUUUUGUUUUGCAAAAAUGGGGGGGGGGGGUGCGGAUCUGAGGAUUUGUCGUUUCUUCCUUAUUUUAUCGUAUUUUUUUUACGCUUUUUGACGCCUUUCUUGCUUGCCCUGUUUGAUGUUCUGUUUUCGAGUCGUCGUGUUUCCCAUGCCCUCUAUAAAUAGUAGUAGAACUUGGACCUGGGGGGCUUCGCCGGUUUGUAUUUUUUUGGUCUUUGCGUGGCAAGCUUGAGAGUGGAGGGGCAAUAAUACAUGGGUCUUAUUUUAGAAACUGUUCGUUUGAGUUUAAUGUGGAUUGUGAUAGGUUUAAGUGAUGUGUAAUUUAAGUGAUGUGGAAUUUAAGUGAUGAUGUGAGAGUAGUGUAGCAGAUAAGUACAGCCGCAGCCUUACCCUCGAGCUGGACUCCUCCCUCUCCUUCACACCAUAGAGAUGCAAGUAUAUCACUUAAGUCUUGAUACUUCCACAUACAUCUAUCACUGCACGGCAUAGCAAAACAUAUCCCGUAGUUUAUAUGCAACUCCCGCUGUAUAUAGCACGCAUAUACACCCCCAUUGCCAAC